UAUAUAAUUUGAGCAUUCUGAAUUAUCCAUCAUUCAUUACCUGUGCAUCGUACGUGAUCCACAGAAAUUGUUCUUAUACUUUAUCUACUCUGGGACACCGGUCGCAUAAUUCGGAGCCAUGCUGUUCAUCUUCUUCAAAGUGAUACUAAUGUUUAGUAUCACCUUUGCUCAAAAUACCGGCAGUAAUAAUAGACCCUUGAGCAAUAAGAAUAUCAAGGAUGGCGGAUUGACAUCAAAUUCCGCUGCUUUUAAUUCGGCGUUGGAGGCACCAUCUUUCAAAUCAUCAGACAACCAAACUUUUAUGAAAUUGUUCGAGGACGUUUUCAAGACCCAGAACGAUCUCAAGGAUCAUUUCAGUGGACUGCCAGUUCAAUUUCCAACCGAAGUCGAUUUUAUAGUAGUCGGUGGCGGAAGUGCAGGAUCCGCUGUGGCCUCACGUCUCAGUGAAGUAUCCAAAGAUCAGUCACGUAAUUGGACUGUAUUAUUGAUAGAGAGUGGUGGACCAGCACCUACAACGAGUUCUAUCCCAGGAUUCUAUUUCAAUUAUCAAAAGUCUCCCAUCGACUGGAAUUACGUUCUGGAGCCACAGAAAAGAGCUUGUCUAGCUGCACCGGAAGGUCGUUGCAGAUGGCCCCGAGGCAAAGUAUUAGGUGGUACGAGCGUUCUCAACGGUAUGAUGUACAUGAGAGGUCAUCCUAAGGAUUACAAUGAGUGGUUGUUGCCAGGAUGGUCCUGGGAGGAAGUGCAGCCAUUCUUUUUACGUAGCGAGGACAACAGAGAUAUCGGUACUCAAGCUGCUAUGCCGGAAUAUCAUACCACUGGAGGACUCUAUACGAUCCAACGUUUUCCAGACCAACCACAACUGGCCUGGAAUAUCCUGGAGGCCGCCCAGGAGUUAGGAUUCUCUGUAGGUGGUGACCUCAAUGCUAAUCGUCAUCUAGGGUUUACAGUUGCACAGGCUAUGCAGAGGGGUGGCGUUCGAUUAAACAGCGCUAAAGCCUUUCUGGAACCUGCGAUUGAUCGACCUAACCUGAUAGUCUUAUUGGAAUCAACGGUUCACCGGGUAAUCAUUGAUCCCAUGACAAAGCAUGCUCAGGGUGUUGAAUAUUCGCACAAUGGUGUCAUCAGGACUGUUAGAGCCAGGAAGGAAAUUAUUUUAUCAGCUGGUGCAGUGGCGUCGCCGCAAUUACUGAUGCUGUCUGGAGUAGGGCCAAAAGGUCAUCUCAGGAGUCUAGGCAUACCAGUCAUUAAAAAUCUACCGGGCGUAGGUAAUAAUCUAUUGAAUCACGUAUCCGUGUCAAUACCCUUUAAAAUACGGGGUAAAAAACCAAAGAAUCUCAUGAACGUGGACACCAUCAAGCGCUACCUCAUAGCACGUAAGGGUCCUCUGUCAUCUACAGGAUUGUCUCAAAUAACAGGAUUUGUAAAGGUGAACAAAACUGAAAACGACGAUCGUCCUGAUAUUCAAAUAUUCUUCGAAGGAUUCAACGCUAAUUACUCCAGGACUGGUUCGUCCCAGGAGGAUAUGUACGCUGGUGAUCAGUUCUUCAAAAUAGUACCAACCCUUCUCCGACAAAGUCCUUUAGGCUCCAUCAAACUACGGAGUAAUAAUCCAUUUGAUCCUCCAGUGAUCCAAGCCAAUUAUCUCCAGACUGACGAAGAGGUCCAACGACUAAGACAAGGAGUACGAUUAGCCGUGGCAUUAUCAAGAAGUCCCGCUCUCAAAAGGAUAAACGUUGAACUUGAUCCUGAACCUGAUGAACUCUGUUCGUUUUAUGUGUUUGAGAGUGAUCAAUAUUGGGAUUGCGUGAUUGCACAUCGGACUAAUCCGGAAAACCAUCAGUGCGGUACCUGUGCGAUGGGCAAUAGCGAUAAUGUUAACGCUGUUCUUGAUCCUAAAUUACGUGUCAGAGGAAUUAAAGGACUUCGGGUUAUUGAUGCUUCUAGCAUACCCCGCGUACCUUCUUGUAAUCUUGCUGCUCCUGUUACGAUGGUGGCUGAAAAAGGCGCCGAUCUUAUACGACGACUCUGGCUGCGUUAGAAAUGCUAUAAGAUUGCCGAACACUUUGAAGAUAUGGAAUUACAUCCGUUUAGUGAAGGAUCUGAUGAUUAACUUCUAGUUAUAGCUUGAAAUAUGUAUUAUUUUCAUUUAAUGUAUAUGGGAUAGAUAGAAAUAAUAAACCGUUAACAGUGUACGGUGAGAGAGAGUGUAGAUGAGAUUGUAAUAUAUUUGAAGAGAAAAAUAAAAUACUGAUAGCGACACUGAA